UUUGGCUUCUAACAAUAUCAAAGAAUGAUGUUUAUGCGUUUUAGUUCAGCACUUGGUGGAUUUAAUAUAAUUUAAAAACUAGCUUGCAAUAUUAGUGAAAAACAGGGUAGUUAAAAUGCAGCGGAAUUUAACGCAAUCCAAAGAAGCUCUUCUCAAAUCAUACAACACAAGAUUGAAGGAAGAUGUUCGAAGUAUGCUGGAAAACUUUGAAGAAAUUGUUCGCCUUGCCAAAGGAGAAAAUGAAACUCAAUUAUCAAAGAUGACGCAGUGCGAGCAGGACACAUAUGAAAUGCAAGUGCGUGCCUCCAAUAUAGUACGUGCUGGUGAAUCUCUAAUGAAACUUGUUUCCGAUAUCAAGCAGUAUCUGAUUCUCAAUGAUUUUCACUCAGUCAACGAUGCAAUUUGUAGUAGCUCUCAGCUGUACCGGAGUACCCAGAUGGAUCGUGAUAACAAACUGAUGGCGGUGCGAGAUGAUAUGGCAGCGGAUUUGUACGAUCUAGAGGAGGAGUACUAUACGAGUAUGUACAAGUGAGACUAUGUAUGAUCACAAUAAAUGUUCAAACCACA